AUAAACAAAUUGAAAUUUAUUUGUCCCUAAUGCAUGAUAAAUGAUUUUAUUAAAGAUUUUUGUUUUUGUUAAAUUUGAAAAGAAUUGAAUUUCGUCGCCAAUUUUUAUAUUGGUAAACCUGAUUCUGUCAUAUGUGCUAUAUUCACGUUAUACGUUUUUACGCUGACAUUGGAUUGUAUCUUUACCUCCUUUAGGCAUUUUUGUUUGGAAAUUGUUUUGAUUAGAGUGAUUAGAGUUAAUUGAUUAAUUGGAUUACAUAAAAAAAAUAUGUAUUGUUGUACUCUGCAUUAUUGUAAUUAAUGGAAACUACUUUAAAUUGUCUUGGUUAUAAGAAAAUUUAAUCGUCUUCAAUAAUAAUAGUAAGACAAUUAGUUGUAAUUAUAACCUUAAAAUUACAAAUAAUUACAUAAAACAUGCAAAACAACAAAAAAUAUUUGUUUAAUCGCAUUGGAACUGUCUCCGAUAUGAUUGGAUUGGAUAAAGCGGAAAUAGAAUUUGAAUUAAACAACAAAAUUGAAAAAGCUUUAUUAUGGAAGAACAAAUUUUUCUAUUAUGGAAAACACGUUCCAGAAAGUGAACAUCUCACUGAUUAUAUUAUUGUUGGAUCCAAGGUAGUAUUUUCGUGCCAUGUGUUAAAUAAUCAAGAAAACAAUGAUGGUCAAACAGUUUGGUACAUUGUAAUAUGCCAAAAUUACGAAGAAAAAGUCAAUAAACAAUUAAAUUUAAAAACUGGUCUUGUAAAUAUUUCUGGAUGCAUUCGUGAUGUUCAAAAAAGACAUGGUGUUCUUUAUACGGAUCAUAAUUCAGAAAUGGUUUAUUUUCUAGCAAGUAAAUAUUACAUCGAUGGUAAAAGACUUCCAUCGUCUAGAUCUCUCAAUGAAGUUUUACAAGUAAACGAUAUCGUAUUUUUUGAUGCAAUUCCAUGCAUUCCCGAAGAAAACGAGUUUCUUUGCAAUUGGUUUGCGAUUCUUGUUUUUAGAGGAAAACGUCCAGAUGAAAAGCCUAAACCACAAAAAUCCUACAUCUACGAUUGCAUAAGUCGAUGUACAAAUGAAGCUCGAACAGUAUUUUUCUUUGGAACUGGAACUAUUAUAAACAUCUUCAACGAAGAUUUAGGAAUAAUACUGGGACAGUUCCGAGUGAAUCAAUUUCAAACAGUAUUAUUUCAUCGAAAAAAUGCUUUCCUUUUUAAAAUAUGCUUGGCUAAUGUGGACUUAAAUCAAAUUUUCGUCGAAGGAGACAGUGUCAAUUUUAUUGCCGUGGGAGCACCAGAGGGCUUUGUAACUGAUUGGGUUGCUAUUCAGGUAUCAGUUUUUACGAAUUCAGAAAAGGACAAAAAAUUCUUGUGUUAUCAAAGAAAACUGUCACUGGAAAAUGGUAACAAUAUCCAUCUCGCUUCUUACAAAUAAAUUUAAAACGAAAAAUGAAUAACAAAAAUUAUACUACUGUUCAAUAUCGAUUUGAUAAAUCAAAGCGUGAUAACUAUUAGAUAUUAAGCGUAAAGCAUUUAUUAUUAACGAGUAAUAAGUAUUUGUAAAGUUUAAAGUUGACUUCCAUACUCAAAACGAGUAUUUGGAAUAUAUUUUAUAUAUUCAAAUGUGUGAUAUAUCAUUGAUUGUUAAGAAAUGUCGUUAAAACUUGCUGUUUCAUAAAGUGAGAUUUAAGAAGUUUAUAAAAAUAUAUUAAUUAAUAAUAGUUAAUUAUUAUAUAUUGAUUGAUAAUGAUUAAUCAAUAAAUAGUUAUUAUUAUUAUUUAACUAAUUAACGUGAAUAAAUAAUAAUUAUAACAAUUAUUAUUAUCAAUUAUAUAUUCAAAUUAUUUAUAUUAGUUAAUGGUUAAACAACCUAUUCAUUUUCAAGAGUGUGUCAAUUUAUUGAUGAAAUUUUAAUGCGGUCUAAUAAAAGUACAAAAGAGUGAAACAAUAAAAUGUUUAUAUUUAACUUAGAUAUUUAGGCCUAAAAUUACAUUCACUAUUUUGAAAAGAUUUUUCAAAUUUAUAUACUAUUUGUACUACUGAUGUUCUUCUAUUAAAAAAACAUUAACACUUAAACUCUUCAUGGAAUUAUUUUUGUUAAAAAAUGUAAUAUUUACUCAAUACUUUCUAUAUA